AUGAAUCAGUCCGCUGUGUUGAUAAUUAGCUGCCUGCUGCUGUGGAACAAUGUUCGAGCUGCUUUCAAGGACUUCAUUGUGGAGCCAGGAGAUGAGCAGCUUGAGACUAACACUGAUUUAAGCCUGGGCUGUGCCGCCGAGGAGUCGGAGCAAUUAAUAUCCUAUCAGGAUGUGGAGCAGGAUGGCGUUAUAGACACACAGCUGCUACUCACGGCGCUCAUGCAGCAUGCUCAACGCCUAGGCAUGAGUCUGGACCAAUUGGAUGCCUUACUGGAAGCUGAUAAUGGCUGCGGUGCAGCCGAGUCGCUUAGCCAACGUGAGCAGCCCAGCUGGUACGAUGUGUUCUUCAGCUAA